ACGUCUUAACCGCUCUCUGGGUGAAUCUUUGUCUAAGAUGGUUGCGUCACAUCAACGAGAUUGGUAUGACCAUCUCUUUGCAGCACAAUUUGCUCACAAUACAGCAUACCACGAAACCAUGGGAGAUACACCUUAUAGAAUCGUUUUCAAAGAUUUCCCAAGAACUAUGUUACACGUAGCAGCGGAUCUGGUAUAUUCUGAGUCAACAGAUGAACAUCAACUACCUACCGUGUAUGCUGACCAAGAACAGGAGAAAGUUGCAGAAAUGUACGCUAAUGUCGAAAGUAGAUCCAAGCAGAUGAAGGAAGCUAGACAUCAACAAUAUCAAAAAAAAGUUCAAAAUUUUCGUAAGUAUAAGAUCGGUGAUCUGGUAUGGAUAACAGCAACGUCUCGACGGGUGAAGAAGUCUCGAUCACUGUCUCCCAGGUGGACAGGUUCCUAUACAAUAAUUCAACCUUUGUCGGAUGUCGUCUAUUUGUUGCAAAGAUGUCGCGGAAAGAAAGUUAUUUCUGUUCAUCACGAUCGAAUGAAACCAUACAAGUCAAGGCCCGUACAUCUCACAUCGAAUGAACGAUCGGAAGUGAUAUGUCAACCGAUUGGUAAUCUCCUGGACGAGAUAAAGGGUCCAAGGAAUGGGGAUGUUGUUCAGGAGACGUUGACCAACCGGAGAAUGGCAGCGAUGACGAUAUGGACCAACUGGAGAAUGAUAACGAAGACAGUAUGGGUGAAGACCAUAAUGGUGAUGAUGCAGUUCGAAUCCAACGUCCCGUCCGCAAUCGACGCCGCCCACAGCGACACGGAGAUUACCUAAUGGAUUCUGACAUUGAUUCUACUAUGGACUCUGAUUAAGUCUAUUCGCUAAUUAAGUUAAUUAGAGAAGGGUAUUUUAGACACUUUUUAGAGGGGAGUGAUGUAAUGUAGUGUAUGGUCACGUGAUACUAGAUUGAUGUAU